UAUAUCAACUCUCAGUGGUCUCUGCAUAAGAAUUAGAAUGUUUAUGAAAGCUAAAAAUUGGAGAAUAAAAACCCGAAAAAGCUCUUUCACUAAUCAGUUGCCAAGAAAUGUUUGAAGAGAAAGUACCGAAAAAAACAUGGGCACUUUAAGAUUGGAACAGUACGAGGAUGUGACGAUAGAAGUUCCCUGGGGCUAUAUCUCCGGUCGUUGGUAUGGAAAUCGUGCAGACAGACCGAUCCUAGCUAUUCACGGCUGGGUAGACAACUUGGGCACCUUUGACCCACUGAUUCCGCUGCUCCCCGACUACCUAGGAAUACUCUGCAUAGAUCUUCCAGGCCAUGGAAGAUCAUCGCAUUACCCGUCCGGAGUUCGUUAUAGUGCCGAGGAAUACAUACAGGUGAUUCCUCGGAUCAUGAGGAAGUACAACUGGAAGAAAGUCUCGCUGAUGGGCCACUCAUUGGGCGGAUUCCUCGGCUUUUGUUACACCUCUCUGGCUCCGGAUACGGUGGACAUGGUGAUUUGCCUGGACUUGUUGCUACCGCCCUUCAGAGAACCCGAAGAAUCCAUCAGGUGGAUCCGGCUCAGUCAGGAAAAACACCUCGAAUUGGAUGAACUAAUCGGUCAGGAGAAACCCCUACGUUCCAAGGAAGACCUUAUCAAAUUGAUUGAAAAGGAAUCAUUUAAAUCAUUAUCGCCAUCUGUGGCCCAUCAUCUGCUGCAUCGAAUUGCUAAAAGGUCGGAGGCUUACCCAGAUAAGUUUAUAUCCACCAGAGAUGAUCGGGUGAAGUACUUUUCCAAAUUGUAUCUCGCAAGCAAAGAAUUGGCGGCAGAAAUGGCAGAAAGGAUUAGUCCAAAGCCAUAUCUUAUUUUAAAGGGUAGCAAGUCAGAUUUUAUUGGUCCACAGAUGUCCGAUGUUAUUUCGAUUCUGGGUCGCAACAAUCCGGAUUUUGAGUUUCACGAAAUUGAGGGUAAGCAUCACUUCCAUAUACUAGCUGCCAAAGAAUGUGCGGGGUAUAUUGUGCCGUUUAUAAGGCGAUAUCAUCCUCCUGGUAAAGACCACAUAAGCUUGAGAUCGAUUGAAUGGAGCAAACUGUGAUUAGUUAUUUAUUAUUAUAGGACCAGGUUGUGCUGGAAGAUAUACAUAUGUCUAUUGCACUUCAUUAUGUAAUUCAAAUUUAUAAAAAAAAUGACACCAUUUACAAUGCAGAAAAAUGUAU